AUGGCCUCCGUCUUGGAGCUGGCCAGGAGCAACUCCGCCCUCAUCCUGCAGAACAAUGAGGUGAUGGCCCUGGCGAAUGUCAGCAUCAGGAGCCUCAUCAGCAAGGUAGGGGCUAGAGGACCCGCCCCAGCAGUUAGUGCUACACCACAGGAGGUCCCGCUUUUUCCACUACUGCAGUCCCUUGCUGUGAAGGAAGUGGAAGCCAAGAAAGGAGAAUCAGAGGAGUCUGAUGACAUGGGCUUUGGUCUCUUUCACUAUGCCUCUUCUACAGACCUCAAGAGGUCUUGUAUGUAUCCUUUUCUCUUGGAACACUGCUGUGGCCACAUGAACAAGCUCAGGCUAACAUACCGGAUAAUGAAAUAUGUAGCCCAGUCACCUCCACUGCCCCAGCCAACAGACCAAAGCAGCACUGCCUACCUGCCCUGCAGCUGA